ACAAUCGCAUCGCUAGAUGUGAUGUACCGGACGUCUUAUUCAUUAAGCUACGACGACUUCAGAUCUUGCUUAAAAGUCCUUAUCAGUAGUGUGGUGACUUUGUGUGCUCGCUCAUCACAUAACCGAUAUCCAAAUUUAUAGCAAACCGCAAACAUUUAUUUGUUUGUAUUCAUCUCGAGCACAUGCUUAUUGUUAAGCUAAUACUCAAAGUCAAAGUUUCGACAAGUAUGUAUUAAAAAAAAUCAUUAAGGUCCGCAAUUAGCACACGCCAGACUAGGUGUGGCAAUUCACUUAGUAUCUUUUCAUACGUUUUUAUCUAAGCAAACACUGAUAACCUAGCUAGGUGUAUUGUUUAUCUCCCCGAUAACCAGUUGCGAUUCGAUCGAGACCGUGAAUGGACAGGGCUCGUUACGAAAUAUUGUUUUGUGAUUGUUAAAAUGGCUGGCGGACAAGGACCCGUGGUCGGGAAACUGGAAUCCCAGAUUUAUUGUAUAAAAUACACGCUGUUUUGCUUCAACGUCGUUCUCUGGUUGUUUGGCGUAUCGGUAUUCGCACUAUGUCUCUGGAUUUGCUUCGAGCCCGGCUUCAAUGAAUGGAUGAGGAUCCUAGAACUACAGAAGUACUUCAUCGGUAUCUACAUUAUGCUCAUUGCCUCUUUGGGCAUCAUGGUGGUCGCGUUCCUCGGAUGCGGGUCGGCACUGAUGGAAAACGUAACACUUUUAUACGGUUACAUUGGGUCACAGUUAGCUUUGUUUGUGUUUGGGCUGAUCGGGGCAUGCGUGGUGCUUGACUUUUCGACCUAUGACUCCAGUAUUCAACCCCUCAUCAGAAAUGUAAUUGUGCGGCUGAUAAAUAACCCUCAACAUGACGGCAGCAGGGAGAUUCUCAGAAUGGUCCAAGAAGGGAUCGGUUGCUGCGGUGCAGACGGGCCCAUGGACUACAUCAAUCUGAACAAGCCCCUACCGUCCGAAUGCCGUGAUUCAGUAACCGGCAACGCAUAUUUCCACGGCUGCGUCGAUGAAAUGACUUGGUACUUAGAAGGAAAGACCGGUUGGCUAGCUGGCAUUGUGUUGGCAUCUUGCAUGGUUUCUAUAAUUAACGCAGUCAUGUCUUUAGUCCUUAUCCAAGCUGUGAAGAAAGAAGAAGAUGAAGCUAUAGUAUACAAAUGAAACUAGGUUUAAGUUUUACAUUAAUUUAAAGUUUAGCCAUAUUCUUUUUUCAACUAUUUUCUUAUUCUACCACCGUAUUUUUAAAAUAAGUAAAAUUACUAUUGUCUUGUAAUCUUUUGUUUUAAUAAAGUAUUUUUACGUAUAUUAA